AUGUUUGAGAAAACCAAUAAAAGUGAUAAAGUAUUGAAAAAUAAAUUAAUUUUGAAAAGAAAAAUUAUUCGCGAAAAAUUAAAUUUGUUGAAACAAGGACAAAUACUACAAGAACAUCUAUUUCAACCCAUCACGAAACACUUGACGAAUAUUGAAACUCAAUUGGAUAAAAAUCUAAAUCUGGCACAACAACAACAAGAAAAGACAACAAUCGCAAUACCAACAACGAAAAAAUUGAAAAAGGAACAGGAUGAAGAAGAUAAUUACGAUUAUGAAGAAGAAGAUGACGUAUUCAAAAAAGUAAAUUCAGAAUUGGACAAUGUUGAAAAAUAUGCUACAGAUGAAGAGGAAGCUAGAAAACAAAAGGAUUUUAAUGAAAGUCGUCAAAAUGAAUUUUUAAACCUGUCACAAAGUGAAUAUUUGGAUCAAUUUGAUCCAUUGCCGGCAAAAUAUAUACAAGAAUUUAUAAAUGACCCUGCUACUGAUCCAGCGUUAGAGGGAAAUGUUUUACCUAAAUAUCGUAUAAGACGUGAUGAAAUUGAUAAUUUCUACAUUGGUGAUUCCAAAGUCGAAAUCGUUGGAUCUGAUUUAAUAGUGAAAGGAAGAAGAUACAAAGGAACCCCCGGACUGUAUAAAUUACUCUUCAGAAAAAAUAUGCCUAAAAGUUAUACGAAGGAUGAUGAAGCUGCUUUCAAGGACAUUAUCUCAAGAACCAAUAUAAAUAGAAAAAGGUUCAAGACCACUGGAGAUGAAAAUGACAGUCAAUCUGAAAAAUUCAAACUACUUUUCGAACCUUUAACAACUACUGGAAAUGGCAUGGUUGCAUCGUCAGCAGAAAUGAAAUAUUCCAACAAUUCGAUUGAUUACAUCUACUGGGAUGAUCCAAAUGAACUUGUCGAACGCUUACAACUCAAAACCGAUGGAGCCGGUGAUGACAUUCUCUUUCACGAUGAGGAAACCGAUUCUGAAAAUGAUGACAUGGACAUAUGA